AAAUACGUCGACCGAGUACGUCGAAUUUUAGGGAAGAAUUUAGUUUAAUAAAGAAAGUCAAAGUCAGAACAAGUCGUUUUCCAAAUAGAAACUGCUACGUUUGAAAAUAAUUCUCUAAUUUUGAAGAAAAGUUAAAAAGCAACAAAAUGAAGUUCAUGUAUAAGGAGGAACAUGUUUUUGAGAAGCGCCGUGCUGAAGGUGAUAAAAUUCGCAGAAAAUACCCCGACCGUGUACCUGUAAUUGUAGAGAAGGCACCCAAAGCACGAAUUGGCGAUUUGGAUAAGAAAAAGUAUUUAGUACCUUCAGACUUGACUGUUGGACAAUUUUAUUUCUUGAUUCGCAAACGUAUUCAAUUGCGACCAGAAGAUGCCCUAUUUUUCUUCGUGAACAAUGUAAUUCCACCAACAUCGGCCACAAUGGGUUCUUUGUAUCAGGAACACCACGAAGAAGAUUAUUUCCUUUACAUUGCCUACUCUGACGAGAAUGUUUACGGCGGCAGGCGCUAAAUGCAACAUUUGUUUGUUUGCUCUGGAGUGUGAUUAAAAAAAACUGAAAAUUACAAAAACAAGUUAAAAUUAAGCACGCAUAUAUAUGAAAAUUCUUUGUCUGGAGUCUUUGCGGCAAGAACGAUUAAAAAGGAACGCUAGAGAACAUUAACAUAUGUGCAAAAAAAAUAUAUAUAUACUGAUCUUUUAAACGAAUUCGCAUCUAAUCUUAAAAAACACUUAGUUAUAGUAUUAGUUAUAAUUCAUUACUAUUAUCAUUUCAAAAUUUCAAAAAGAUAUGCACAUUUUCUAUGAGCAUAUUUACUAUCGAUUUUGUUGGUGGAAGAGUUUAUUGAGUUCCAUUAUAAUUGCCUGAACACGUUUUAACUUUCUGGAGCGGUUUUCCAGCCUCUAUUAAAAUGUGCAUAUUAUGUAUUUUUUACAAAUCAUAAGUAUAUAUUUUUAAAUUACCCAUAAUGAAAGUAUAAAUAAAUGCCUAGGAUACCUAUA